UUAUCCAUCAUCGAAUCAUUACCAUCUUACGGGGUACAUUAUUACAAAGUCAAAGAUAAAGCCGGUCUACCUUGGUGGCUAGGUUUGAAUAUAAAAGGCAUUAGUGUGUACGAUGAUGAUGACAAACAAGUUCCUAGAUUAACGUUUUUUUGGAAGAAUAUUGAGAACAUUUUCUAUAGGGAGAAAAAAUUUUGCUUAGAAGUUCAUAACCCGAAAAGAGUUUCCACAAGCACCCGACGACAACAACAGCAACAACAACAACAACAACAAACAUUGGACAUCUCUCCCUCUGAUUUGGAUGUGCAUUCUUGGAUUUGUCCGUCAACUCAACUGACCAAGGCCAUCUGGAAUAUGGCAGUCAGUCAGCAUCAUUUCUCCAUCGAUAUCUCCUGCAUGGUUGGUUUGUUGUUUGUUGCUUGGUGGUUUUUUUUUGGAUAA